UGAGCGGAAUGUCCGUGGAUGAGAAGCCUGAAGCCCCCAUGUACGUGUAUGAGUCGACGGUUCAUUGUACCAAUAUCCUCCUGUGCCUGAACGACCAGCGGAAGCAGGAUAUCCUGUGCGAUGUGACUGUCCUGGUGGAGGGCAAGGAGUUCCGCGGCCACAGGGCCGUGCUGGCCGCCUGCUCAGAGUACUUCUCGCAGGCUCUGGUUCGACAGGCUGAGAAUGGCUUGUUCCUCAGCCUACCUGGAGAGGUCACUGCCAGGGGAUUCGCACCAUUGUUGCAGUUUGCCUACACUGCUAAGCUGUUACUCAGCAGAGAAAACAUCCAGGAGGUCAUCCGCUGUGCCGAAUUCCUGCGCAUGCACAACCUGGAGGACUCGUGCUUUCGCUUCCUGGAGGCCCAGCUCCGCAGCGAGGAGGACGGCCUGCUGCUGUGCCGCAAGGUGGCGCCGGCCGAGGGGAACCACGAGCCCGAGGACGAGAGCAUGCAGUCUGAGACGACAACAAAGGUUGCCUCCCCCCGGGUCCGGCGGCGCGCUGAAUGCUUGGCCUCCUUGCGGCAAGCACCAGACGCGGACCAGCUAGCCAUGGCGGUGCCCAGCGACUUCGCAGAUGGACGGCUGGACUUCGACAGGCACGGAUCGUCGGACCUCCCUCGCUGCCCCAAAUACAGGAAGUACCAGUGGGCCUGCAACAAGCACAAUAACGACACUUCCUCACACACCAGUACCUCAGGUUUUCCAAGCACAUUAUUAUUUAAGCAGACCAGCGGUGGCAUCAGCGACGGGGCGGUCCGGGACCAGAGUAGGCCGCCGGUGGCUCAAAUCAAAGUGGAGCCUCGGGCAGAGGAAGAGGCCAUCUCGCUGUGCUUGUCAGGGGACGAGCAGGAUGGCCAUGACAAGGACGAUGUGACAGCCAUGGAAUUGGACAGUGUCCCAGUGGUAUCCCCCUCUUCCGUCAAGAGGAGCAAGUCCCCCACCUGCCUCCGCGCCUUCUUCAAGAAAGGAACGGACCUGCCAGGUCUGCCCAACGUGUCACAACAGCUAUUCGCCAACAGACUCGCCAGCGUCUGCCCCGAAGACAAAGAAACCACUCAGGGAGAUCACAAAACAAAAGAUUUCAGGCCUUUCACUGCAGUGGAGCUGGGCCUGUCUGUUACAUCCCCAAAGGUAGUGGACGGCUUCACUCCGAUGCUGUCGUCGCUGAAGUCCGCCUCCUGCGACGGCGUUUGCAAACAGGAAGUGGAGCUGGACCGCCGCAGUGUCAUCUUUUCCUCCCCAGGGGCCUGCGACCGUCUGGGAACCCCGGCGCAUUCCUACCCUGGUGGGAACUCUUUGGAGAUGGAGCUCUCAGAGCACACGCCAAAGAGUCUGUGGGCUGGUGCCAGCCAGUCCCUCCCCACCUCACAGACCUACUCUCCCAGCAGCGCCCCCACCCUCGCUUCCACCACCACAGAGCCCCCGCCGCUCCUCUGCCACCCGCGGCCCAACACCAGCUGCCCAGUACCAAUCAAGGUGUGCACGCGCUCGCCGCCCUCCGAGACCCGCACGCGGACCUCCAGCUCCUGCUCCUCCUACUCCUACGCGGAGGACGGGAGCGGUGGCUCACCCUGCAGCCUGCCCCAGUUUGAGUUCUCCUCCUCGCCGUGCUCCAACGUGGCGAUCCGCCUCGCCACCGACCAGCAGGACCAGGGCGUGAUAGGGGGAGAUGCCCUCUUCAACCAGGUGCGCCCCAAGAUCAAGUGCGAGCAGUCGUACGGCACCAACUCCAGCGACGAGUCGGGAUCCUUCUCCGAGGGUGACAGCGAGUCGUGCCGAGUCGAGCAAGGGCAAGAGGUUAAGCUUCCUUUCCCUGUCGAUCAAAUCACAAAUCUUCCACGGAACGACUUCCAAAUGAUGGUCAAAAUGCACAAACUGACCUCAGAGCAGCUGGAGUUCAUCCACGACGUCCGGCGGCGGAGUAAGAACCGCAUCGCAGCGCAGCGCUGCCGCAAGAGGAAGCUGGACUGCAUCAUGAACCUGGAGUGUGAGAUCAGAAAACUGGUGAACGAGAAGGACAAGCUGCUGACGGAGAGGAACCAGCUGAAGGAGUGUAUGGGUGAGCUGUGGGAGAACUUCUCCUGUCUGUCCCAGGAAGUGUGCAGGGACGUGCAGCUGAGCCCCGAGCAGGUCCAGUCCCUGAACCACUACUGCCCGGUCCUGAAGCCCGGCACCACCAACACCACCACCACUGCCAGCAAUGCUGCCUCCAACAGCAUUGACCUCACCACCCACUCCGGCUCAGCCACCCCGGAGCCCAGCUUCCUCAAGUCCCCCGGGCCCUCAGAGAGCGAGCCUGACUCGGUCAUGGGGAAUGGGGCUGACGGGGGGGCGGCCAGCAACGAGGCGGAAGGCCAGGAGACGAGGUUAUACAUGGAGGCGGGGCUCUCGUUCAAUGAACAGUCCAAUCAGACAGUGACGGUAGACUUCUGCCAGGAAAUGACUGAUAAAUGUACAACUGAUGAACAGCCAAGAAAGGAUUGUACUUAGUAAACGGUGGUUUUAAUAUCUGUGUUUUUAUUAUUUAAUUUUUUGUUUUGAUUUUCUUCUGACAAGCCCCUUUCUCGGGGUUGUUGAGAUGGUCAGCCUUGGCCAGUGUUCUUUGAAAAUAUUUUUUGUUUGUAUGUCUUUUUGGUUGUCUUUUUAAAGGUUGACACUACAGUUGUCUUAAGAGCAGCAAUACUGUUCUCCAGGUAUUCUCCUCUCUGUAACCAUGACAGAGUGGGAACUUUUCACACAAAACUCCUCUUACAAUGGUGCUACACCGUGUUCGGGCAGGCAGCGAUCUCCACAGUGUUCUUUAUCCAUGUAUUACAGUCUACUCACAGGGAUGGGCAAAGAUCACAUCUUCAAUUCAAACCUCAAUGGACCUAACAGCAGCUCGCUUUGUCUCUCGAUCAACCUACAGUUUCUAUCUCCCUGUCUCUCCUCUCUCUAUUUCUCUCACUCUCCCUUUCUAUGUCUCUCUCCCAAUCGCUCUCCUACUCCGUCUAUUUUCUAUCAAUCUAUUUCUACCUCUUAACACUUUCGCUCUCUGUAUUACCUCUCUCUCUUGCUUAUUCUCUCACUCUCUCUCAGUGGCCCUUGUCACAGCAAUUCAAACUCAGGAAGAAAUCUUCUGAAUGUUCGAUAUGAUUCAUGAAAAUAAGAAUACAGCUUCUGUACAUGAGAGAUUUACGAAGCAGUUAGACUGUAAAUGUUCAUAUGCAAAAAUGUCUUCUACUUCACUCAUUUGCAUUUUUCUGUACAGCAAAACAAUGUGUACAGACAGUACCUAAACAUUCCUCCUUUGCCUUCCGCAGCACUGAAACGAAAGAGAAAAACAAACGGUUAAGUAACCCCACCAGGGUUGGGGUCAAUUCCAUUUCAAUUCCAGUCAAUUCAGGAAGCACACUGAAUUCCAACUCUCUUGACGUUUUUUCAAUGAGGAAAACGUGAAAUUGGAAUUGCAGUUUGGUUUACUUUCUGAAUUAACUGGAAUUGAAAUGGAAUUGACCCCAAUCCUGGUUCCCACACAUCAGCAAUACCAUUGUAUUUGGAUGUUGUAAUGGUAAAUUUCAAGUGCUUGCUUGGGCAGAACGUAUAAUGUAUAUAGUAUGGAGCAUGGUGACUGUCACAGUAAUAUUAUACAAAUAGAAGCUUAGAUGUUUCUUUUCACUGGGGUUUUUGCUAAGGGAAAAUAUUUGCUUUGCUGUUUCCUGCCUAAAGGAAAAUUCCCCAUAAGGGUGGGUGUUCUUAAACUCAGGAAAUUAGCUUGUGACACACACUCAGACACGCACACACAAACAUUCAUUUCAGAGCCCCUUGCAUGAAAAUGUGGAUGUUGCUGGCAAGGACAGUGUAAGUAUGUUAUUAACCAGUGGCUCAAGCCACAUCCAUUCCAACUUUGACACCACUUUAAAUGUGAAAACGAGUUUCAGCUUGUUGUGUUUUUGAGGAAACUUUAUUUCUUCUUAUCAGUAUUUAAAGAUGCUAUACGUAUGAUGGGGGGAAACUCUCACACACACCCUUUGGAUUUCUUCGGUGUUAUGUUUCAAUGUUGUCAAGGAAUGUGUGAGUAGACAUCUUCUCAAGCUGAGGGAUAGCUAUUCUGUCUGCAACACAAAGAAAACAGACACAAAACAUUUAUAUUUACCAAGGAUACUUUCUCCUAAUGAAUCUGUGCUCAAUCCAGGCUCUUUCCUUCCAGCACCAGAUACUUAGUUGUAACUAGUUCUAAUAGCACUUCAUAGAGGGUUUAUGUCAGGUUCAGAACCCUGAAAAGUCUGAUACCGAAACACUUGAAUUGGCACUUAAAUGAAAACAUCUUAUUGAAUGUUAAUAUUGAUAUAAAUAUCUCUAUGAAGACAUUACAUUUUUAAGAACUACAGUAAACAGGGUUAUUAACAAAAAAGGAAGCUAACAUAAUAUUGAGAGUGUUCACAUCUUAUAUUUGUAAUUCUUUAAGAAUUGAAUAAGCUAAUUGAGACUUCAGUUCAUGUGAAAGCACUGUGUGUGUCACCAUCAAACUGAUUGAGUAACAAUCAUAUGAUAUAGUAACAUGUUUGCCCUGGUUGUACAUUUGUUGAAAACAUCAUAUUCUGUGAUGUGAAUGCAUGCCCCUGUAUAUUUUAUCUAGUUAGUUUGUCUAGCUUACGUUUGCUUCUAACGAUAGUCCUCAGCUAAAUGAUUUACUCUGUCUUUUGUUGAUUAACCAUAUUUACAUUUAUAAUGUAAAUAUACAGAAAUACUUUUCUUAUCUGUUCAACAGUCAGAGAUGUGCUUGAAAAUACAGAAUACAAGAAAAUAGAGCCAUAACCUAUGAAGAGGAGUGAAUUCAAUUGGAAUAUAAAGCUUUGCUCAUAACUUUAACUUCAUUCAGGACGAAAAGCUAUACAGUUUGUCGGAAAGAGCGAUAAUACAACUGUAUAUAUUGAGGAGUCUGCUAAUUCCUCUUGGCGUUACUCUGCUGCCCCCUGUUGGACACAGUUAUGUAGUUCUCCAAUCAGUCCUGACUGAGAACAAACAUUGUGGUAUUAGAGUGCUCUGUGUUUUGCGGUGUGUUUGCUAGUCUGAUUAUUUGACCAUACACCUAAAUUUCCCUAAGGUUGUAGCUAGACUCAUAUACAGUCUCACACAGAGAACCACAAGCAUACGCACAAAUAUGAAUACAUACACACACGAUGCAUGUCGUAACGGCAUCCUUGCUUAAAGGCUUCAGUCUAGAGCAGUUGUGAUUGCCUGUUGAAAUUGUUUGCGAGGUUAUUUUUCCACUUUGCUCUGAUUCAUAUGCUACCACUGAAGUGGAACAGUAUUCAUCCCCAUUAUCAGAUACAAAACAGAAAACGAAAGAUAGAUGGAUUCAAGUGGACAUUUGUGCAAACCAUAUGCAAUUCCCGACUUGUUCUUACUCGUUUUUGAAGUAAAUGGGAAAAGCAUGACGUUCCACCAGAAAAAGCACACUCACUAGGCUACACUUUGACAAAUGUCAAAUCCUGGGAAAAUUUAUUGAAAUGCAUCAAGUUUAUAUUGUCCUCCAUCAAAGCUAGACCAAUAGAUAUCCUUCUAUCUGUUUUUAGAUGUCCUUAUAAUGCUAUUAUGAUUACUGUUGAUGUUCUUUGGAUAGCAAUGAGUGCCACGCAUAUUUCUGGUGUGUAGGCUACUGUACGUAACAUUUCUAAUUCCUCAUCGUUUUUUUUUGCUGGUUGGUGGACGCAGAUACAUGAAGAGUUUUUAAAGCCUCACCAUCCCUCCAGUCAUUUGACAGUCCAGUCCAUACCUCUUAGCCCUCUAGCCUUGAGAGAGCUGCCCCAUGCCUGAUAUGCUGUGUGUGGUGUUACUAUGGUGGCCAGUGUGUGAAAUUAGAGCACGGCCACCUCAACGGUCACCCGCCCCCAAGCAUUUCCAGGUGAAAUAAGCUUGUUGUGUCAUCAUCUCAAUCACACGGUGAUUCGUCUGGUUAACUUUAACCAGGAUCAGUCAUUGCUCUUGUACAUCGUCUCAGGGUGCCAAGUGAUUUUAUUUCUCAAUUUCCGAAUUUGGAGCAGACCUUUGUAACUUUAGCUGGUUUUUAUGUUUGCUUUGAUGUUUUGGGCUUUGCUUUGAGUGUGUGAAAGUAUAGCUUUAAACUCUGGUUUUAUAUUCCCGAAGCUUAUUUCUACCAAUGCAAAUACUGUGUAAUGAGCUUGGCCCGAUACAGAUCAACCCCAUCAAGAGGCUGCAGAGAGUACACAAUACAUUGGAGUACAAAUAUGAAUAAUUGAAAUAUGUUUUGGUAAUACAUUUCGUUAUUAGUUGGAUUUCCCUCAAGUUCUUUACCUCUGCAGUUUUUUUUACAAGCCAAACACACAACAACAACAAAAAAUCCAUGUAAUUUGAUUUGUUAACUGGCUUUGGUUGUUAGUUGGUGGAUGUUUGUUGUGAAACUAGGUGCAUUGAAUGCAUUGUCUUUUUAAAACCCUUUUGCGCUCUAUUAUUUUCUCGUUUAGUUGAACUUUUGUUUGUUUUAGUUUUUCUGUGCUGCUUCUCUGAAGAAAAAAAACACUGUCUCUCCAACUCCAAAGUUUGUUGUUUUGAAAAGAUGAACAAAACUUGCCUUUUUCACAUAUUGCUCAACUUUAUAAUACAGUAUACUGGUAUCCUGAUUACAUGCACAGGCUGAGACCAUUUUAGGAGUAAAAGAAAAGUUAAAUAUGUUUACAAAAAGGUGUGUUUAUUCAAUUUGCCAUGUAUAUAGAAAUUGGUAGGUUAAAAUUGGACUGAUGGUUAGUGUUUUUACAUUUGUAAACCGAAAACGAUGUGUUUCCUCAACUUGUCUUUUCAUUCAACUGGGGGUGUUUCAGAGUUACAUGGAUACAAGUGCACCUCCGAUUUUUGCCUUAGAAUUUGCAGAGGUCAUAGUUCACAUUCAAGUGAAGUGAGUGUAUGCAGGGGCCUACGCCCCCCAUUUCUGAGUAACCACCAGUGCGGACUUUCUCACACUUAUCUACCUGUGAAAUCCUUCAUACCUCUCAUAAUUGGUCAAUGACUGUAUCAGCAAACUGCAUCAGGUGAGUUUUUUUUACAUGCUUUUUACACAGAUUAUAUGGAUUAUUGUAUUAGUAGAUUUUGGUGCAUCAUAAUAACUAGUAAUAACUCUUAAGCUUGUAGUCACAAAGUUGUUUUUCUCUCUCGUUUUUCUAGAAGACUGUUUUGUGUUAAUAUUGUCAAUUUGAAAUAACUGUUAUUUGCUUAUUCUCUACUUAACUUGUUCAUUUUUAAAUGCUACACAACCCUAAUGAAUUCAAAUGACUUAAUAACCAUUGUAAAUACAGUGUUGUGUAAACCCCAUUUUCAUUCAUUUCAAUUGCUAGUGUUAUAUAAAUGACAUUUUUUGUCUAGACACCAUUUCUGUUUAUGAAAUAAAGAAACAUAUCAUGUA